AUGUAUCAGCCACAGCAUGCAGCCAAAGCAGCUGGUGCGUCUCCGGAGCCUCGGGUGCUCUGCUUCGGGGAGAAGGUCCAGUACCUGUCGCGUCGCACUGGUCAGUGGAUACCGGCCGUCGUUCAGGGCCAUGCCAUGGUUGCGGUGCCAGGUGCAGGGACCCCUGAGGAGUUUCAUUACCAACUAGAUGUGCAAGAAGCUGCCCAUCCAAGUCGCGUGCGAGCUGCAGAGUCACAGCCGAAGCAAGCGACGACACCUGCCCCUGCGGUCUCGGUGCCUGUAGCUCAACCUUGCAAAGAGUCACAGCAACAUCCGGUGGAGCAGCUGCACCAACCAAAAACCAAUUUGCCACAGCAGGCCCAGCCACCACCCGCCCCACUCCCUCCUCCUGCAUCAGCCCCAGCGCCCUUGUGCCCUGUUCGCUCUGCUGCCGCACCCAUAUCAAAACAACCUCCAGCUCGCUGGCAGUUGAUGUGCUUAUAUGCGGAAGGCUUCUCACAGGAGGUCCUUCACGCACUGCCAAGUACGAUGCGUGCCUUGCCAAUUCCGGAUGGGAAGUCCCACCUUGGAAGGCAGCAUCAGGCCAAGUUUCUGGAAGCCUUGCUCGUCAAGUCACCACAGCUCCUGAGCAUCAUCUCUCGCACGCAUGCAGAUGUUGAAGCUCCGGCGAACAGUUCGAAAGUCCGAUUCACCAAUCUCACCUUGAAUCCGGUCUUUGUCAAUUCGGUCCAGGCCCUUUGGCAAGGACAGUCCGGUGAGCUUGGACCGGGCACGACCCUCAGCUUCGCCAGGAACCAGGGAGACGACACUCCGCACCAUUUCCUCAUUUUCCAGUUGCAAGCCUUGGAUGCAGGCCUGCAGUGCUUGCAAUCGUCGGCCGAGACUGAGACGAAGGCCGCAGCUCGAGAGCAUCAGCCUCCCUCAGCGGCUGCGAGAGCCAUUCCUCCCGAAGAGCAACCACCUCUGCCUCAGCCGCCUCCCUCGGCCAUGGCCAUGACUACGGUGGAUGUUGCAAAGGUGGCAAUUCCCACGGAGGUGCUUCAGCAACUGCGGGCUGUGGAGACCUGCAAGCUUGACAGCCCGAAGCCCAAGGACCCACCAAGGGAACCCUCGCCGGAUCCCAGUCCUGGAUCCGACCAGGUUUCCAAGGCUCCACCGGAGCCACGGAGCUUUCUGCAGAGCAUGGACAAGGAGAAGAAGGCGGAUCCGCAGCCUGAAGCUCUUCAGCCCAAGGGGAAAGAGCCAAAUCGGGCGGCCCUAGGUGCAGUGGACGCCAAGGCAGCGCUUGACCCGGUGGCCUUCGAAGAGACUCUUCCAGUGGCUCCGGCCCCGACGUUGGGCCUGGGCCCCUGUCCGGUGUUAGGGCAGCUGCCGGAAGAGGUGGCAGUGGAAGACGCGACUGGCACGACGAGCAUCGAGCCCCACAUCACCCUGGAGCUGAAUGGAGCUGGUGUGAAGGCUGAGGCCUCCCUGGCAUCCCGGCGCCUGGGCUCCUGGGCUCUCUCCUCUCCCCUGGCUGUCGGGAGGCGGCACCAGGCUGACCAGCUGCGUUCUGUGAUCGUGCGGGAAUGCCUCCAGUUCAUUAGCCGUGAUCACUUCGCCGUGGAAUUCCGCGAUGAGGAGGCGUGUUGUCGAUCCGAUUAG